AUGUCAGUUAAAAUAAAACCGCUGAUCACAAUACCUCCUGUCCAGUCUCUACCCCAGUGGAAGAUAGACCCAUUCCAACCAGCUGACAACAAAGGCGGCGUAUUUACUGAGGAAUCCUCAUUCGCCACGCUUUUUCCAAAGUACAGGGAGAAGUAUCUCAGGGAGGUUUGGAGCGCAGUGACUAAAAUUCUGGAUCCGCAUGGCAUUGCCUGCACAUUGGAUUUGGUUCACGGGUCCAUGUCAGUUCGAACGACACGGAAAACAUUCGACCCAUACAUUAUACUCAAAGCAAGAGAUAUUAUCAAACUGCUCGCAAGAGGAGUUGCAAUUACUCAGGCUCAGAAGGUAUUACAGGACGAUGUCGCAUGCGAUAUCAUCAAAAUUGGCAGUCUAGUUCGUAAUAAGGAACGGUUCGUGAAACGGAGGCAACGAAUUAUUGGACCGGAUGGGAGUACGCUGAAGGCCAUUGAGCUAUUGACCCAGUGCUACGUUCUUGUACAAGGAAGCACUGUCAGUGUCAUGGGUCCGUACAAGUCACUAAAGGAAGUUCGACGAAUAGUACUCGAUUGCAUGAAAAAUAUCCAUCCCAUUUAUCGCAUCAAGGAACUCAUGAUAAGAAGGGAACUUGCAAAAGAUCCCAAGUUGGCAACAGAGUCCUGGGACCGGUUCCUACCGAAGUUCAGGAAACAACACUUGAAGACUUCUGAGAAGACAAGCAAGAAGAACGAGAAAAUCGCAGCCAAGGAGGAAGCACGCAAGACUGCAGGUCUUGAUGCUUCGAGUUCUACCAAAAAGGACAAACUGGCAAAGAAAGUGUACACGCCCUUCCCACCGCCGCAGCAGCCACGAAAGGUUGACCUUCAACUUGAAUCCGGAGAAUAUUUCCUUAAGCCUCACGAGCGGGAGGCCCGGGAAGUCCAACAAAGAAAACAGAAACAAGCUGAGGCCACCCUUAAACGACGAGCAGAACGGGCAGAGGUAUAUGUCGCUCCUCAAGAAGAGGCAGCCCCCACAGUUGAAGAGAAGCGAAAGCGACGGCAUACAGAAGUGGAUGGCGAGGAUGGGACAACGAGGUCGAAAAAGAAGAAAAAGAAGGACGAUGCUGCAGAAGAUACCUAG